CCGGUCUUAUAAAGACCGGUGAGUGGGCAGAAGUACCUCCUUAAAGUACAGGUUGUCAUCGUCUUUCCCAAAAGUUACUAAAGGAAUUCCUGGGGUGUGAUUUUUACCCGUUUGCAGCUGCCCUCCCUUAGUUUCUGAAACAUUUUGUACGUGUAACACGUCCCGUGGCUCCGGAAUUAACGCUUUUUUCGACCCCAGGACUCGUUUUUAACGGGGAAGUCAGCGCAAUUUGCACAUUCCUGAAGUUUAAAGGCUGAAAAGAUGUUUCAGAUUAAAAGGAUCUGCUGCAUUGGAGCUGGGUAUGUCGGAGGCCCGACGUGCAGCGUGAUCGCCCAUAUGUGUCCAGAGAUCACCGUCACUGUUGUGGACGUCAAUGAGUCUCGGAUCAAAGCCUGGAACUCGGACACUCUGCCCAUUUAUGAGGUUAGGCCGGGGUUGAAAGAGGUGGUUGAAUCAUGCAGAGGGAGAAACCUGUUUUUUUCUACAGACAUCGACUCGGCCAUCAGGGACGCCGACCUCGUUUUCAUCUCUGUGAACACUCCAACCAAGACCUACGGGAUGGGGAAGGGUCGUGCCGCUGACCUGAAGUUCAUAGAGGCGUGCGCUCGGCGGAUCGUGGAGGUGUCCGACGGGUACAAGAUCGUCACGGAGAAGAGCACAGUGCCCGUGCGAGCUGCUGAGAGCAUCAGACGGAUAUUUGACGCCAACACCAAACCCAGCCUUAACCUACACGUGCUGUCCAACCCAGAGUUCCUCGCAGAAGGAACAGCAGUGCGGGAUCUGAAGGAGCCAGACCGCGUUCUGAUUGGUGGGGACGAGACUGAUGAAGGCCAGAGGGCCAUCAGAGCCCUUUGUGCCGUGUAUGAACACUGGGUCCCCAAAGCCCGCAUCAUCACCACCAACACGUGGUCCUCUGAGCUCUCUAAGCUGGCGGCCAAUGCGUUCCUGGCUCAGCGGAUCAGCAGCAUCAACAGCAUCAGCGCCCUCUGCGAGGCCACCGGCGCCGACGUGGAGGAGGUGGCCAAGGCCAUCGGUAUGGACCAGCGAAUCGGCAGCAAGUUCCUCAAAGCCAGCGUUGGUUUUGGUGGGAGCUGCUUCCAGAAAGACGUGCUCAAUCUGGUGUAUCUGUGCGAGGCCCUCAACCUGCCCGAGGUGGCUUCCUACUGGCAGCAGGUCAUCGACAUGAACGAGUACCAGAGGAAGCGCUUUGCCUGCAGGAUCAUCGACUCGCUCUUCAACACCGUUACCGGGAAAAAGAUCGCUCUGCUGGGCUUUUCUUUCAAAAAGGAUACCGGUGACACGAGGGAGUCGUCCAGUAUUUACAUAUCAAAGUACCUGAUGGACGAGGGAGCCAAGCUUUUCAUCUAUGACCCAAAAGUCUUGAAAGAGCAAAUCAUUCAUGAUCUCUCCCAGCCCAGCAUCUCUGAGGACAACCCAGAAAGAGUGUCCGAGCUGGUGACCAUAACCUCAGAUCCCUACGAGGCCUGCCAGAGUGCUCACGCGCUGGUCAUCUGCACCGAGUGGGACAUGUUUAAGGAACUGGACUAUGAGAAAAUCUACAAGAAAAUGCUGAAGCCGGCCUUCAUAUUCGACGGUCGCAGAGUUCUGGACCACCUCCACGCUCAGCUCCAGUGCAUCGGCUUCCAGAUUGAGACCAUCGGGAAAAAGGUGACAUCAACACGAAUCCCCUACACUCCAGCAGCCGCCUGUCCCCGCAUCACCGGACCUGAACCUCCCUCCAAGAAGACGAAAGCUUAGAGCUGACUGCACCCCCCCGCCCAACCCCACCCCACAUUCCUCUGUCAGCCUUUCAUUUCAGUGGCAGAGGGGCGGGACCCGUCCUUCUGUUGGUGCACAUCCACUGAUCAAAGGAGCCCCGCCGGACGGCCAGCUGCUCACCGCUGUGGGCUGGAGGUCAGGAGUGGAGCAUCAUGUAAACCAUUCCAUACGCACUGUUAACUUUUGACAUCAUUUGCUGUAUAACCUGCGAACUUUUCAGAUACCCGUCUGCUGGAAAGAAACACCCAAAAUGGGACUAUUUUCUUACACUCUAUUAGUCAAAUGGGGUUUUAUCCUGAAACAUUUUAUACCGUUUUAUUUUAUUUUAUUAUAAAUAAUCUUACUGUAUGUUAGUCAGUGUUCUACCAGAAGGGCCAAAGCAAUAAAAUGUGAUGUGCGUCUAAACUGUGUCGCC